AUGCUUUUUGGAAGCUAUAAGAUUGACUACAAGCCAGAGGGUGCCGACUCCACCGUCACCAUCGACUUCACUCCGCCCUUCAAGCGGAUUGACCUCUACGACGCCCUAAAGGCGGCCUAUGAUGCGGAGUUCCCUCCCGCCGAGGAGCUGCUUACCGAGGCUGCUCGAUUAAAACUAUCAGCAAUCGCUGAUCGCUUUGGAGUUGUUUGUGGAGAACCGCGAUCCACCGCCCGUCUUCUGGACAAGCUUGUUGGUGAACGCGUAGAAACCCAAUGUCUCAAUCCCACCUUCAUCAUCAAUCAUCCGGAAGUAAUGAGCCCCCUGGCCAAAUGGCACCGGUCGCGUCCUGGUCUCACAGAGCGCUUCGAACUCUUCUGUAUGACCAAGGAGCUGUGCAAUGCCUACACAGAGUUGAACGAUCCCGAGAAGGCAGCCGGUGAUGAUGAGGCCAUGCCUGUCGACGAGAACUUCAUCACCAGCCUGAGUUAUGGCCUACCGCCGACAGCCGGUUGGGGUCUCGGUGUGGACCGACUGCUGAUGUUCCUUUCCAGCACCAACAACAUCAAGGAGGUUAUCCUGUUUCCAGCAAUGAAACCUGAUACAGGCGGAGCAGCUGGCCAGGAGGAGGAGGAGAAAGGAGCGGAGAAGACCACAGCAAACAGUGCGCCCCAGAAUGCAAAAAAGGCCUGA